AUGCCAGUGGAAGAAUUAUCACGAGAAUCGCUAUUUUGCGCUCCAGAGAGCGAUAAGAUAGCAACAGACCUCUAUCACGCCAUCAGAGGCUCGUCUGACCACAAAACCCUCUACCUGUUGUGGCAGCUACGAUUGAACCACCUCUUCCAGGAAUCAAAGCUUGUAGCACGCAGAGAGGGUACCAACCUCGCGGAAGCUAUUCAUUUGCUGGUCCGUCUGGGCGUUCAAGAGCCAGAGACGCAAGUUCCACUGAAGAACGAAGCCAGCGAAACGCCUUUUGGGUUGCAGCUCUCCUUGCUUAGAGUGAAAUACACGACUGCUACUGCAUUCAGUAUCGUCAAUGAGUACUACAAGAUGGUGUACCGCGUGAGAUUAAGUCUCAUCGGCGCGCUGAAAGAACAACGCGUCAUGGAGGUCAAGAAGGUUUCCAUUCUCUGUUACGGCGUUUUAUCCAUACUCGUAGUUAAACGGGAGUUUGGAGCCGCCAUAGGGCUAGUCUCCUCUGUUUUGUCCAACCAUAUAAAAGCGCUCCACGACCAGAGCUUCGAGGAAAACUUGAGAUUCUUGCAUCUCUUACUUAUUCUCCUAGAGUCAAAAGCCUCAGGAUUGCCUAGUAUCAAACCCUUAGAGGCUUCUGGGUUGAACAAGAACUCACAAAGAGAAUUAUGGUGUGUGUUAGAAAACAUUGCUGCCAUUUAUUCUUCGGAUGAGGAUCAGAAUAGAGAGAACUUGGUUGUCCAGAAAGCCCAAUUAGCUAACGGGGGUCUCGGUGCAAUGGACAUCGUUCUGGCAGGACAAGCUCUAAAUGUAGACAGCCAGUUGAUCACCGGAAGAAUCCUUUGCUCGCUUUUGGGAAUGUGGGAAUUAAUGCUACGAUACAACGUUGAGAUGAAAGAGGCGGGCGUUACUGGCUGGAACUUUGAUGCCUUGUGCGAUAUUUUCCAGCCCUCCGACUUUGAACCUGAAAUCGCCGUGCUACAUGCCCUGGUGGCUAAACGGUGGUUCAACGAAGCCUUGUUUAACAAGGUCUAUGGGUUUGAAUAA